GUCACAGGUGAGGGCGUAUGGUGAAAAAAUUGGGUGAAAAGAGCUGGAGAUUGUAGUGAGUCCGGGUUGAUGGUAGAGCUAUGCAGCGGAGCAGCAUCGCUUCUGCGGAUGUAGCAGAAACUUUUUACGGCUUCUCCCGAGGGAUGCGACUAGAAACCAACACUGGAGGGGAAAAGUUAAGAGCCAGCAGCGAUCGACGGAGGGAGUAAAAUAAAAUGUGGAUGAACUGACAUUUACUCUACUAUCUGGGCCGGGUAAUUACUGAACCUGAAGUCAGAGCAAUCUUCGCUUCUUUGAAAAAUGGCCGUUCGUGGCAACUCGCUGAUGCCUUUCUCAAUCCAAGCCAUCCUGAACAAAAAAGACGACAGUCGACACUUGCCAGAUUUGGACAUGUGCUUCUCAAAGACUGCCUGCUGGAAAAUAUUUGGAGAGAUGGACGGCGGAUCGAGGAGAAACGAGAGUGAAGCUUGUGAGCCGACCGACCAGAAGAGCUACGACUCGGAUUCGGGACUCAGUGAGGACAACGACAGCAAGACUCCAGCCCCAUGUAAAUCGGAGAAAGACGGAGACCCUGCGUCGGAUGUGCCGGAGGAAAGCCUGCAGGAGGAGACGGACCACGAGUCUGCAGCUGCGGAAAACUCCAAGAGUGACACGGAGCCCGGUAAUGGCACGGAUUCCAGCAACCUGGACGAGAAGAGUCUGGAUCAACCUAAACAGCGGAAAAAGCGCUCCAGAGCUGCCUUCUCUCACGCUCAGGUCUUCGAGCUGGAGCGCCGUUUCAAUCACCAGCGGUACCUUUCCGGGCCGGAGCGGGCGGACCUGGCGGCCUCCCUGAAGCUCACAGAGACUCAGGUGAAGAUCUGGUUCCAGAACCGCCGGUACAAGACGAAACGCCGCCAGAUGGCCGCCGAUCUUAUGGCUUCAACCCCAGCAGCCAAGAAGGUAGCGGUGAAAGUUUUGGUGCGGGACGACCAGAGACAGUACAGCCCGGGAGAGAUCUUGCGGCCCCCGCUGCUCUCCCUGCAACCGUCCUACUAUUACCCCUACGCCUACUGCCUCCCUGCAUGGACGCUCUCUGCGUGUGCGGGGAACCAGUGAAAACUCGGUGACUGUAUUUAUUCACUUUUAUUAUUUUUGCUCCCAGGAAGCCCAAAUAGCUUUACUUCUGACAAGAGGAAGAGGCCUGAGGGGACUGCUCAACGUCUCUGAUUGAAUUUCCUCACCAUGUUGUCCAGGCAAGACAGCAAAAACUUUUCAUGGCUUUUCACAUCCUGAAAUACUUUAAAGCGACUCCUUCAUGUAUGUAGUAAGGUUUUUCCCCCCUCCAGGGACCCGUUAAAGAAACAGUUUCUCAUGAUUUAGACCCUAAAAUCAUAAGCGGAGAGACAGGACCUCCUAAAAAUGUCACUAUGUUAUCCUCUGAGGAGUGACACAGCAAUAAUAUUAAAGUAUUUGUGUCUUUGCUUGGACUCCCUCAAGGACCUCUGAAGCCCCCGGAACCUGUUCUGGAAACCGGAGGCCUGAGCAGACUGAAAAUGUCACCUUAUGUUGAUUUAUAUUUUACAUGCGCCUUCCUACCUCUGCAGUGAUUGGAAAUAGGCAUAUUCCAUUAACUUCUCAAACAGCUGUCUCUGUUGCAGGUUGUGUAUUUUUUUUUUCUCUUGCUGUGUUUGUAAAGGUAAGAUAAUUCAGCACUUUUGAGCAUAUACGUUACUUUAUUUCAAUGCAUUAUAGUGUGGUUCGCUGUUAGACUGAAAAGAGGCGGUUUGUUGAGUUACUGGCCUAUAGCAGGAAGCAGGCUAAAACAAGCCGACCUCCUAUUAAAAUGUACAUGUUUUAUUUGUGUUAAGUGACUGUUUAGAUCGAAAAACAUUAAAACAUAUCAGGCAUUACUUU